CGGAGGCCGGUCCUGACUUUGUAGCUCGCUCAAGAUGGCGGCGCAGCCACCCAGCGGGAUCCGCCUCAGCGCGCUUUGCCCGAAGUUUUUACAUACAAAUUCUACUAGUCACACUUGGCCAUUCAGUGCAGUUGCUGAAUUAAUAGAUAAUGCUUACGAUCCUGAUGUGAAUGCUAAACAGAUAUGGAUUGACAAAACAGUGAUAAAUGACCACAUAUGCUUGACAUUCACUGAUAAUGGGAAUGGUAUGUCUUCAAAUAAGUUACAUAAAAUGCUAAGCUUUGGCUUCAGUGACAAAGUUACCGUGAAUGGUCAUGUUCCAGUUGGAUUGUAUGGGAAUGGUUUCAAGUCAGGUUCUAUGCGUUUGGGUCAAGAUGCAAUUGUUUUUACCAAAAAUGGAGAAAGCAUGAGCGUCGGCCUCCUGUCUCAGACCUACUUGAAAGCCAUAAAAGCAGAACAUGUUGUUGUCCCAAUAGUGGCCUUCAACAGACACCGACAGAUGAUUAAUUUGGAGGAGUCAGAAGCAAGCCUUGCUGCCAUUCUGAAACACUCUCUGUUUUCUACGGAACAGAGUUUACUAGCAGAACUGGAUGCUAUUAUGGGUAAGAAGGGGACGCGGAUCAUCAUUUGGAACCUUCGAAGCUACAAAAAUGCAACAGAGUUUGAUUUUGAUAAGGAUAAAUACGACAUCAGGAUUCCGGAAGAUUUAGAUGAGACAACAGGGAAGAAAGGGUAUAAGAAGCAAGAGCGGAUGGACCAGAUUGCCCCAGAAAGCGACUAUUCCCUAAGGGCUUACUGCAGUAUUUUAUAUCUAAAACCAAGAAUGCAGAUCAUCUUACGUGGACAGAAAGUGAAGACACAGCUAGUUUCAAAGAGUCUUGCUUACAUUGAACAUGAUGUUUAUCGACCAAAAUUUUUAACGAAAACAGUAAAAAUUACUUUUGGAUUCAACUGCAGAAAUAAAGAUCAUUAUGGGAUAAUGAUGUAUCAUAAAAAUAGACUCAUCAAAGCUUAUGAAAAAGUUGGAUAUCAGUUAAAGGCAAACAACAUGGGUGUUGGAGUAGUGGGAAUUAUAGAGUGCAAUUUCCUAAAGCCAACUCAUAAUAAACAAGAUUUCGACUAUACUAAUGAGUACAGGCUUACACUACUAGCACUGGGAGAUAAACUGAAUGAUUACUGGAAUGAAAUGAAAGUGAAGAAAAAUGCAGAAUAUCCUCUAAAUUUGCCAGUUGAAGAUAGACAGAAACGUCCUGAUCAGACAUGGGUUCAGUGUGAUUCCUGUCUAAAGUGGCGAAAAUUACCAGAUGGGAUAGACCAACUUCCAGAAAAAUGGUAUUGCUCCAAUAACCCUGACCCACAGUUCAGAAAUUGUGAUGUUCCAGAAGAACCUGAAGAUGAGGAUUUGGUGCAUCCCACUUAUGAAAAAACCUACAAAAAGAAAGACAGGGAAAAAUUCAGAUUCAGACAACUGGACAGGAUCCCUCAGAUUAAUACUGAACUGUUGUUUCGGACAACCUCUGUGUCAAGUCGAAGCUUUUCUCCUGUAAAGGACAGUGUUCCAAGAAGACACCCUUCAGAACCAGCAGAUCCUUAUGCAGCAAGACUUGUAAAUAAUCAUCGAGGUUCACCUCAGUCUGAACCAGAGGGCAACAGCAUGAAACGAAGACUUCCUAUUCGUUCCUCAAUUUUGAAUGCAAAGACUCGGAGAUUGAGUAAUCAAGCAUUUGAAAACCCAGCUUACAAAGAGGAUGAUGACGUCAUCAUCUUAGAAGAAACCAGUACUCCCAAGCCGCAUGAUGUUGAGGUGAAAUCAGAACAGAGUCACAUCGAACAAAGCGGUGUUCAGGACGAGCCUGUGGAUAACAGUGAACCUUAUGGCCAGAGUAGUUCAACAGGUACCUUGUCAUCCACAUGUGAUCAGGCAACUGGUGUGGCCACCCAGACUGAAGUGCCAGGCUUAGUUGUUAAAAAGGAAGAAACUAUUGAAGAUGACAUGAGUGCAAGAAACAGUACAGCGGUACCACCAUCCUGUGUGGAAGCUGAAGCAAUGACACAUGAAACCCAGGAAACCUUUGAUAAAUCUGUGGAUGAUGCGGGGUCCGAGUUAAAUGAACUGAGAAAUAAGCUACUUCUGGUUACCCAAGAAAAAGAAGAUUAUAAAAGACAAUGUCACAUGUUUACUGACCAAAUCAGACUGUUGAAACAGAGGAUACUGGAAAUGAGUGACAAAUACGUGAAGAAGGAAACUUGCCAUCAAUCUACCGAAACCGAUGCUGUGUAUUUACUUGAAAGUAUUAAUGGCAAAUCUGAAAGUCCAGACCACGUGGUAUCUCAGUAUCGGCAAGCUCUGGAAGAAAUAGAAAGGCUGAAAAAACAGUGUAGUGCUUUGCAACAUGUAAAGGCUGAAUGUAGUCAGUGUUCCAAUAAUGAGAGUAAAAGUGAAAUGGAUGAAAUGGUUGUGCAACUUGAUGAUGUAUUUAGACAGCUGGACAAAUGCACUGUUGAGAGGGACCAGUAUAAAAGCGAGGUUGAAUUAUUGAAAAUGGAGAAAUCACAAAUUCGUUCACAGUGUGAAGAACUGAAAACUGAAAUUGAACAAUUAAAAUCUGCAAAUCAACAGAAAGGAACAGAUGUUUCAACUUCAAGUAACCUUGAGGAGUCCGUAAAUUAUGCUGAUGGGGAAAGCUUUAAACUUCGAUCUCUCCGAGUUAACGUGGGACAGCUGCUGGCCAUGAUUGUACCUGACCUCGAUCUUCAGCAAGUGAAUUAUGAUGUUGAUGUAGUUGAUGAGAUUUUAGGACAAGUUGUUGAACAAAUGAGUGAAAUCGGUAGUUCUUAAAGUAUAUUUUAUGUGAAAUAAUAAAAAUAUUUGCUCAAUCCUUUCUGUUGUACAGCUUUCAAAAUGUAAACAGUUUUGUUCUAUAGAUAUGAUAGGUGACAGACUGAAGAACCAUAAUCCUUACUGUACCCUAUGCAUUCAGAUGUGGCCACAAACAGGUCGACACACUAUCACACCUUUUGAAAUGCCCGUGAGUCGUUGAUGUUGAGUGGCUUAAUAAUAGCUAACUCAUGUUUCUGUUUUAAAAUGUAAAUACUUGUAAUUAAGUCUGCACAUAUUUUUUUAUUACCCUAGAGGAUGUGUUUUUCACCAAGAGGUUUUCAGGUUGCCCCUAACCUUUGUGCAAUCUUUUCUGGUUUCCCAAAGUGUAUUUUUAUCUGAAGCGUGAGGGCUGUGCCAUACAUAAUAUGAAUGGAAUUGCGACUUUGGUUUUCUUACAGAGAAGUUUAAACAGGCAUUUGUAAAAUAUGAAUUAACACUCCUGAUAAGUUGUAAGCAAACUGAGCAUUAAUGUUUCUUUUCUAUAAAUGCUUAUCUCCUGAAAUAUUUUAUUCAUGAAAAUAAGGUAAGCAGAAAUUCUCUUCAUCCAUUUUGCCAGGAUAUUUUCUGUGCUGAGAUUGCCAAUCAUCGUUAAACAAAGUGUUUUUAUACAACAAAGAAAUGAUCUUUAAUAUAAAAAAGUAUCAAGUAUAUUAACUGUCUGAUCAUGUUUACUUUGAAGCCCAUUUUUGGCUGCUUAGCAUGGAGUGGGCACAAUGAUUGCUAAUAUUUCUUUUUAUGAAAUUUCCUGUAUAGUCUU